AUUGGAUAUAGGUGUUCCAAUCACCUCCAUGGCCACAGUUGUAUAAAAUCAAGCCCCUAGGCAUGCAGACGGCUUCUACAAACAUUUGUGAAAGAAUGGGUCACUCUCGGGAGCUCAGUGAAAUCAAGCGUGGUGCCAUGAUAUGUUGUCACCUGUCCAUCCGUGACAUUUCCUGGCUACUAAAUAUUCCACAUUCAACUAUUAGUGGGAUUAUAACAAAGUGGAACAGCUGAGAACAACAGAAAAUCAGCCACCAAGUGGUAGGCCACGUCACAUGACAGAGCGGGGUCAGCGCAUGCUGAAGUGCACAGUGUGCAGAAGUCGCCAACUGUCUGCAGAGUCAAUAGCUAAAGACCUCCGAACUUCAUGUGGCCUUCAGAUGAGCCCAAAAACAGUGCACAGAGAGCUUCAUGGAAUGGGUUUUCCAUGGCUGAGCAGCUGCAUCCAAGCCUUACAUCACCAAGUGCAAUACAAAGCGUCGCAUGCAGUGGUGUAAAGCACGCCACCACUA